ACUUUCUCUGGAUUAUAAUGCUCCGCAAUUCGGUGUUGCAUCACUGAUCGGAAAACGUGAUCAUUAUUAUUUUGGACUAAUUCAUCGCGUUCCCCCGCGCUCUGUGCGGUUGAAAUUCAUCAAUAGAAAAUCGCACGUCGUUCGAUUGGCAUCGUUGUUUCAAAAAUUUCUCAGAUACGGAGAACAACGAUCGUUGCGUUCAUUUAUGAUGCGCUUAAAUUUCGAAUUAUAAUCACGAAUUGUACAGAAAUUCUCAUCGACGUGUACGACCCCCAUUGCGAAAUUCACGGCAAAUCGAAAGUUUGCAAAAUGGCGGCACACCGUGGUGCACAUGCAUCGGCCGGAGGGUGAAUCGCCCCGUUUCCAUCCCCGAAAUGCUGCCCUUCUCCCCCGAUACUGGCAGAGUGGGUUCCCCUGCCCGAACGCCGGGAUGGAAGGAACCCCUCGACCCUCCAAUGGCCGAAUGCAGUUGCAUCGUGAGAAAAACAGCCCGGAAAAGCGAAAGAAAAUUCUCAGGGAGCGCUCGGGGCGCAGUCGUCUCAUGGAUUGCGGAGUGUCGAGUGGUAUCUUGAGCGGGUAGAGUCGAGCACGAUCUCCUCUCUCCCGAUUCGUUUUUUAGAGCUCUCGAGAGAUACCGUUACGCUGUGAAUGGAUCUCUGCUUGAUCGGUCACACCGAGUUUUCGUCCUGGUUCUCUGGAUCAUCGUAACCGACGCGAAGCGCUGCGAGGUAUGGAGGGAUUUUCGAAAAAAAAGAAAAAUUCCGCACCACCUACACCGAUUCAGUUCGCGAUCUUUCAGAAUCUGCUGCUGCUUAUCCCGCACCAUGUCACUUUUGAUGCUUCGAUGUACCUCGAAAAAUUCGGCAGUUCGAAAACCGAUCACGAGAGACAAGAUUUCCAGCGAACCAACGACGGAACUCGCCAGUUACGCAGUAAUUCAACAGAUGAAAUAUUCGCAAUCGGGAUAUCCGAACUUAAGGUGAAAGCCACGAGAAGGUCCGCCGCGUAUCUAGCGCGAGAUCGAAGGUCGAAAAAGACAAAAGACAGCAAGGUGGCGCGGUUUAUUAUUCAUAAUGUAGCGCCAGACACGGAGGAUAACGUGACCGAAUUCCUGUCGAAAUAUUUCCUCGAGGAAGAAGAGACGCGUCUCGCCAUCGGUGAGCCUAGGAUAUUACGAAUCGGUACAGCGGACGAUCCCCGAGUGGAAGUAGAUGCGCGAAAUUACUGGAAAGAAAAGAUGAUCGACCAUAGACUGUUGGCGAACUCUGACCCCGAGCAAGCGAAACUCGUUAUCACCGGUGUCAAUAUCCCAACCUUGGCUACAGAACCGAACGAAGCCUUGUCUCGCAGUCAGCUGGAACAGGUUCAAGGCUGCUGUCGAGGAUAAUAGAAUGCCGCCAACCAAUUAAGUUCGAAUCGGAGCGUGAUAUUUCAGAAGAAACACGAAGUUGAUGUGCCGAACAAAUAUGGGCUCAUUUGGCCUAGUCGUUCAUCCUUCGUAUAACCGAAUUCAUGGCCCAGGAGAUGAAAUUCUCAAAGUCGGGUGGGUGGCGCGGAUCAAUUAUACUUUUUUUUUUUCACAUCGUCCGUUCGUGCCGCACGGAUACCCGAUGUGAAUUUAUCCAUUAACGUUAGAACGUGCCUUUCACUCGUGGACGCUCCUUCUGAAUUCGAGUGACGACACCGGGCGCUCGUACCGAAUUCCACUCAGCCAGGCGAUGUUCUCCACGGAGGCAUCUCGGAUCUCAGCUACCUAUGCCCGGGGCUUCGAAAACUUUACAGUUCGCUAGGGAAUAUCUUCGAUUUCCGGAUCUCGAAGGGCGACUCGCCUUCAGCCAGAGGUCAGCGAGGAAAUUCGUUCGGAUCGAGCCUCUUCUCUUUCUCGUGAUCGUGAAUUUCACGGGCGUCGGUGAUACACGGUGGCAACCGAAUAGUCUGAGAUUUGUCGAAGAGACUUACGCAAUUCCAUAAUCCUUCCACCUAUUAGCUCUCUCUCCCACUUGUCGUAGUCGGGUGUUCCACCACUCCCUGUACACUGUACAAUCGAGAGGUGUCUGCCCAGUCGCUGCCUCGUGUUUAUUCAAUCGCGGCGUAUCUCUCCGUAGACGAAACCGUCUUCUCUCCUCUAAAGUAAACGGAGGCGCAUCAUAGGAUUACGAUAUUCUCACUCUCUACGAAUACAGAACAAUAGUUAC